UAAAGAUUUCCCAGUUGUUUCUGUUUCUCACAAGCAGAAUGGGCACAAUGAAAACAGUCAUUUACCUUCUUGGUCUUUCAUCGCUAGCACUUCUUGUAUUACCUCAGGAUGUUUCUGUGACCUCAUUUCGGGCCAAUGUCAAGAUGGUUUUGGGUAAUCUGAGGAUCUUCUCUGGUGAGACGGUGCAGCUGAGAUGCAGUGUUCCUGUUACAUACAGUUCUGACUGGAGUUUCCUGUGGUUCAGGGGAUCUGAGAAGCUUGCACAGACUGGGGAUACCCUCAUUCUGUGGAAUAUCAAUGUUAAAGAGAGUGGGAAAUAUUCCUGCCAUGGGGAAAGGCAAUCAGUCGUGGGACCCAUACAUACCCAGCGAAGUCUGCCAGUGGAGAUCAACGUGGAUGGAGGGUGGGCUAUCCUGCAAGCUUCACCCCACCCGGCUCUAGUUGGAGACAGAUUGAAGUUGACAUGUCACCUCCGAGAUAACCUACCCAUCCACGAGACAAUCUUGUACAAAGAUGGAACUGAAGUAAUGAGACUAAGUGGUUCAAACCCACAUUUCUACUUGACCAACGUGACCCUUGACAACAAAGGAACGUACUCAUGUAGGGCCUCCUUUGACAUAAGAGGACAAACACUUUCUGUGAUCUCAGUUGACACUCCUGUGCAUAUCUUAGAGGUUCUGUCUCAGCCACAGUUGGAGAUUGAUGUCAGCAGUAACCUGAUCGGAAAUAAUGAAAUGAAGCUCAUUUGCCAUGUGCAGUACAACGCUCGUGCUCCUGCCCCUCAGAUAAACUAUUAUUUCUACAAGGAUAAUGGCCAGCUGGGUGUCUCAACAUCAGAAAACCAUGAGCUGGUUAAACGGAUUUCGGGGCAGUACAGCUGCAGGGCCAGAGUGCCACAGUUGGGUCUCUCAAGGUGGAGUGAGCCCAAAAGUCUUAAUAAAACCACUUUCAUGUCCUCAUCCUAAAUACUUGUUGCCUUUCACUUCUCCAAAGUCAUCCCUAGACCAAUUCCUGCCUCCUACAGCUCAGCCAACAGUUGUUCAGCCUUCACUGCAACUUUCCUUUUAUUCAGCAUACAGAGGAGACCACCCUUUCCUUAGAGCACCACCAAUAUGAAACAGUACGCUAUCUGCACGCUAGUGUUUCACCUCAGUGUAACUCUAUAGCCUGGAGUUUAUGUGGAUUGUUUAUUGUUGUUUAUUGUUCAAAGGAUCCCCAUUAGCUGUCUCCAAAGUGGGAUGAGCUAGUGGGGUCCAUGUGGAUGACUGGUGACAGACCUGAGGUCUCUCCAGACUCUGUCCACUGUGUGUGAAGUUAUUAUAAAUUACAGAGAAUGAUAACACUGAAUUAGACUGAUAAUUUGUGGCUUUGCUUUCUGAUAUUAACCUUGACAGUAUUUUGCUGCAUAACAUUAAAUCUUCAAAAUAUCAUACAUCAAUUUCAUUGGAGUUGUCCAUGUGAAACUUAAAGGGUAAAUAAAGUAUAAACACCUAAUGCCAUGUUUUUUUGUUUUUUGUUU